AUGCCUUCCUCAUCCCAAGUUUACAGAUCUACUAGAUCCUCCUCCAGCGAAGCUAAGUCCUUUGAAGAAGUUGUAAUUCAAGGUUUAGCUACUGAUGGUGGUCUAUUCAUCCCACCAACCAUUCCUCAAGUCUCUGAGGAAACUUUGUUUAACAAAUGGUCAAAGUUAUCCUUCCAAGAGCUUGCUUUUGAGAUCAUGAGACUAUAUGUGGAUCCAAAGGAAAUUCCAGAUGCUGACUUAAAGACUUUGAUCAACAACUCUUAUUCUACUUUCCGUGCUACUGAUGUUACUCCAUUGGCUAAGAAUGUCACUGGUACUAAAGAAAACUUACAUGUUUUAGAAUUGUUCCACGGCCCAACUUAUGCUUUCAAGGAUGUGGCUUUACAAUUUGUUGGUAACUUAUUCGAAUAUUUCUUACAAAGAAACAACAAGAACUUGCAAGAAGACCAAAAGAAGAAAAUCACUGUCGUUGGCGCCACUUCUGGUGAUACUGGUUCUGCUGCCAUCUAUGGUCUAAGAGGUAAGAAGGACGUUUCUGUUUUCAUCUUGUACCCAACUGGUAGAAUUUCUCCAAUCCAAGAAGAACAAAUGACCACUGUCCCUGAUAAGAACGUUCAAACUCUAUCUGUUAAAGGUACAUUUGACAAUUGUCAAGAUAUCGUCAAGGCCAUCUUCGGUGACAAAGAAUUCAACUCUAAGCACAAUGUCGGUGCCGUCAACUCUAUUAACUGGGCUAGAAUUUUGGCUCAAAUUACUUACUAUUUCUACUCUUACUUCAAAGCUACCGAUGGUAAGAAAGAAAAGGUCAAGUUUGUCGUUCCAAGUGGUAACUUCGGUGAUAUCUUGGCUGGUUAUUUUGCCAAAAAGAUGGGUCUACCAGUUGAAAAAUUGGUCAUUGCUACUAACGCGAACGAUAUUCUAGAUAGAUUCCUGAAGUCCGGUACCUACGAAAGAUCUGACGAAGUUGCUGCUACUUAUUCUCCAGCGAUGGAUAUUUUAAUCUCCUCCAACUUCGAAAGAUUGUUAUGGUUCUUGGCUAGAGAAUACAUUGCCAACGGUGAUGAUCUAAAGACUGGUGAAACUAUCGACGACUGGUUCAAACAAUUAAAGAAUGAAGGUAAGUUCCAAGUUGACCAAACCGUUAUAAAUGGUGCCUUAAAAGACUUUGCCUCUGAAAGAGUUUCUAACGAACAAACUUUGGAGACCAUUAAGAAAGUUUAUGAAAUCUCUCAAAAUCCAAAGCACUACAUCAUUGAUCCACAUACAGCUGUUGGUAUUUGUGCUACAGAAAGAUUGAUCAGUGCUGACAAUGACAAUACCAUCAAUUAUAUCACAUUAUCUACUGCUCACCCUGCUAAAUUUGCAGAUGCUGUAAAUAAAGCUCUGUCAUCCUUCCCAGCUUAUUCCUUUGAAAAAGAUGUUCUACCAGCUGAAUUAAAGAAAUUAUCUACUCUUGAGAAGAGAUUGAAAUUUGUUGAAAAGCCAGACGUUACCUUGGUCAAGGCUGCCAUUGAAGAGGAACUUUUGAAGAUGAAUUUAUGA